AUGAAGAUAAAAAAAAUUUCAAAAACUACAUCUUGGAUUGAGCGUUUCCGACGACACAAUAAUGGUUUUAGCAAGAUCUCAGGUGAGUCAUCGGCAUUUAAUACUGAAAUUUGUUCUAAUUGGUUGUUUAACAUUUGGACAUCUCACAAAUCGGGUUAUUCUGAUGACAUUUAUAAUGCCGAUGAAGCAGGCAUUCUUUUCAAAUUAACUCCUGAUAAAAUUCUUCACUUUAAGGGUAAAAAGUGCUCGGAUGGGAAACUAUUCUAA